UUAAAAACAUGCUCAGUUAAUUGGUGUUUCUUCAUUCUUUCUCAUUAACUUACAUGAAGGUUCAGUCUCACCCGCCAUAUUCACUCUUUUUCCACAAACUGACUUACUUUCUCACACGCCAAUUUUGAAUUUUCAACUGCUACUGGUAUAUAUAAGUGAGGAACUAGUCUGACAUGUGUGUGUUUGGUUGUCUUUAGACACUUUAGAUUUCCAAUAUUCAGUUCAGUCUCUCUACAAACAAUCUUUGGUUUAUAGAGAGAGAGAGAGAGAGAGAUAAGGAAGCUACUGAAGGCCCUGGUUUUGGAUUUGCAUUUUGCAGGCAAGGGAGCUUGAUUUUGGACUUCUUCAGUUGUACGGUACCAUUAUAGUUUGAUCAGUCUUGAGUCUUGACUCAAAGAUUGAAGUUUGUUACGAUUCUACUGUUUGGUGAUCAAUGGGUCUUUCUCUUUCCUUACUCUUUUCUGCAUGGAAUGAAAUCCUUUGCCACAAGUUUUUUGGUUUAACUGACACCAUUGAGACAGUCAUUGUGAGAACAUUUAGCUACAAGAAAGAAGAAGAAUAUUCAGAAACCAUUAACAAGUCUAAUGGGUCAGAGAAAAUGAUUAUAGAAAGUUUAAUGAGCUUCAAAAGGCAAGAUUCAAAGGAAGCAGAUUUGGAAGUAUCAGAUUCGUCUAAAAAUACUGUUCCUGAAAGAGAUAGUUCUAAUUCAAAGUCUUCAAUGACUAAGAGUCAUGAAAUUAUGCAGAUAAAGAAGCCCUGUACACUUUUGCUUCCUAAACCAGUGAUAUUGUUUUCUCCAAGGCCAGUUAGUGAGCUUGAUGCUGCUGCAACUAGGCUUCAGAAAGUUUACAAGAGUUAUAGGACUAGAAGGAAUCUUGCAGAUUGUGCAGUUGUGGUUGAGGAACUCUGGUGGAAGGCCUUAGACUUUGCAGCUCUUAAACGAAGCUCUGUGUCAUUCUUUAACAUUGAGAAACCAGAAACUGCUCUGCAACGCUGGGCUCGAGCUAGGACAAGGGUUGCCAAGGUUGGGAAGGGUUUAUCUAAAGAUGAGAAUGCUCAGAAAUUAGCCCUACAACACUGGCUUGAAGCUAUUGAUCCACGCCAUCGUUAUGGACACAAUUUACACUUCUACUAUGAUGUCUGGUCUGAUAGCAAGAGCACCCAACCUUUCUUCUACUGGUUGGAUGUUGGUGAUGGUAAAGACCUAAAUCUUGAAAGGUGCCUAAGGACUGUUCUACAACGUCAAUGCAUCGCAUAUCUUGGACCAAAAGAAAGGGAAGCAUAUGAAGUAAUUGUAGAGAGUGGAAAGCUUUUAUACAGGCAAACAGGGAUGCUUGUUAACACAGUUGAGGGUUCUAAGUGGAUUUUUGUGCUCAGCACAUCAAGGGCUUUGUAUGUGGGUCAGAAGAAGAAAGGUGUUUUUCAGCACUCAAGUUUUCUAUCGGGAGGUGCUACAUCAGCAGCAGGGAGAUUAGUUGCCCAUGAUGGGGUUCUUGAGGCUAUAUGGCCAUACAGUGGUCACUAUCUCCCAACUGAAGAUAACUUCAGGGAAUUCAUUAGUUUCCUCGAGGAGCACCAAGUAGACCUCACCAAUGUUAAGAGGUGUGCAAUAGAUGAUGAUAGCACCUCCUUUAAGAUUAUUGGAGAGGAAUCUAAACCAGAAGAGGUCAAGGUUCCUUCAACAACUACAAUAUCCACCAAAAUGAAUACUUCUGAAGUCAAUGAGCCUAUAAACAAUUUAUCCAUCACAGCUGAUCAUCAAGGAAGUAUCGAUUCCAAUGUAACGAAUGUAGAAGCACCAUUAUAUGAUAUGGGUAAGCCUAUGUCUUGCAAGUGGACUAGCCCACAUGGUCCUCGUAUUGGAUGUGUAAGACACUACCCAAUUGAGCUACAAUCGCAAGCACUUGAGAAAGUCAACCUAUCACCCAAGUUAACACCUGGCAACUCCGGAAGCCGUCUUCCAAUCCCUUCUCCACGGCCUAGCCCAAAGAUCCGGGUCUCACCUAGGCUGUCAAACAUGGGUUUCCCUAGCCCAAGGCCAAGGGUACUUGUUAACACUGCUAAUUAAUCUCAGGCGUUCACCAAAUUGGUGAAUGGCCUUGGAUAGGAGAAGAUACUUGGGUCUGAAGGAUCAAGAUCUCUGGCAGGUUAGGCACAACUUGUGCUUUCAAUAAGAUUUCUUUGAGUAAGAAGCUAGCAAAGAAGCUGAACUGCCAACCAAAAUUUAUUAUUCUUUUACUUAACAUAGCCAAGUUAAUUCCUUUAUUUAAUUUUUUUUUUUUUUUUUUGGCUGAAUAAGUUAAUUCCUUUAUUUGUUAGUAACUUAAUAUGGUUCUAUCAUUUUCUCCUAUGAGGACGAUUGAUCAGUUCACUUCUGUAAGUUGUACAUAAAAUGUUUUCAUGUAUUAAUGAAUAAUGACCUCUUUUGGUGAAUGGUGCAAA